AUGAAUCCAAUUCAUUAUGAUGAAAAUAUAGUUCUAAAUGAACAAGAACAAGAACAAGAUAUCGUUCCAAAUGUGCAAGAUAUUUCGAAUGAACAAUAUAUGAUUUCAAGUGGAAAAGAUAUGAUUUUGAGUAGUGUUGGUAACAGUAAUUAUACUGGAACUGGUACCUCUGCACAAUCUACUGUGAGUUCUUUUAUGAAACAUAGACCGCUACCAGAAAGAUGGAUACAACAACAUACUGAAGAUGGUAAUGAAUUCACUUCCGGGAAUAAACAAGAAAAUGACAUAAGAAAAACUGAUAUUCGAGUUGUUGUAGCCCUUGAAAUUGGAACUACUCACUCAGGAUUUGCAUAUGCGAACAAGGCUAAUCCAGAACCUAUCACAAAUGAUCACGUAGAAUGUAUUCGUUUAAAUUCAUAUCCAAUCAAUUUGAUUAAAUGUUCAGCAUUGUCUAACGGGCCAGAACAAGAUAAAACUAAUACUGUAUUAGCAUAUGAUGACAACUUGCAACUUGUAGCCUGGGGCUAUCCAGCCCUAGCCCAAGGAUUUCCAAAGAAAAAAAAGGCAUUGGUUAGACCGCAGCCUAAACCAGUAGAACUUUUCAUGUUGCACCUCGCCAAUAUAAAGGAGGAAGAUAAGCCACCCCUUCCACCAGGCUUAAAUGCAGAAAGAGUCAUUACUGAUUAUUUACAUGAGAUGAAUAAACUCAUUUUAGAAACAUUAAAUAGUCGAUGGCCAGGCAUACUAUAUCCUCAACAAAUUCGUUUUGUAUUACCUGUACCCGCUGAAUGGAAUGAUGAAGCAAGAGCAAUUAUGAGAUUGUGUAUGUACAAUGCUGGCUACUUGGGGCAUAGGCAAUCUGAAAAUUUAGUGUUUAUAACUGAACCCGAGGCUAUCGCAAUUUAUUGCAUGAAAACUUUAACGUCAUUCUUGAUCGUUGAUUGCAAAGAAAGCACUGUAGAUCUUACAACUAUGAUUUUAUUACCCAACAUGAAAAUUGGUGAAAUUACUGAACGUAGUGGUGAUCUUUGUGGUAGUUCAUAUGUUGACCGUGAAUUCCUUAAAUUCAUUGGUCGAAAACUAGGAUUCGCCGCAUUGAAAAAACUAAAAGAAAAUCACUAUGAACAAAUGCAAUAUUUUGUUCAACAGUUUUGUUCAAGAGUAAAAUUUUCAUUUAACGGAAAUCCUAACGAAUAUUCACCAAGGGAAUUGGAUAUUGAACGCAUAUGCCCAGCGUUGAUGCAGUAUGUUACCGGUCAGGACAAAGAUCUAAUGGAAGAGGCUGAAUGGUUUAUCGAAUUAGACUUUCAAGCUGUGAAAGAUAUGUUUGAUCCUGUUGUUAAAAAGAUUAUUGAUUUGAUUCAAAGACAAUGUGCGUCGACCGAACGUAGACCCGCAGCUAUGUUUUUAGUGGGAGUGUUUAGUGAAAAUCUUUACUUACAAACUCAAAUUCGACGACAUUUUGCGACACAAAUCCCAAUUAUUGCUGUUCCUAAACAUCCCAUGGCAGCUAUUGAACGAGGUGCUUUAGAAUAUGGUCUAAAUCUGGAUGUUGUCCAAACUCGAGUUUUAAAAUACUGUUACGGCGUAGAGGUAAACGCAAAAUGGGAAACGCAUGAUCCACCACAACGACGUACACCUUCCGGACGUGUAUUCCGAUUUCAUCGAUUGGCAUUGAGAGGUGUUGAAGUUGAUGUCGAUCAAAAAUUCUAUUAUACAUAUACAGCAGAUCAGAAUCAAACUGAUAUGACUUUUAAUCUAUUCAUUACGCCGGACAAUAAUGCGAAGUAUUGUGACGAGGAUGGAAUGAAAAUGCUGGGAAGAUUGAAAAUCUAUUUAUCAGAUUCACGAGAACAAAAAAAAUCAAAGGGUUUUAGUUUUACUUUGAAAAAACGAGUGGUGGAAGUGGAAUUAAUACUGACAUUCGGUACUAUGGAGAUUAAGGCUACGGCAAUUAAUAAAAAGACUGGACAGGUCUAUGAAAGCGUUUUUGAAUUGGAAUUUUAA